AUGCAGAGCGAUACAAGCUUCAAUGACCUGGAUGUUAGGACCAAACUUGCUCAAGCGGCUGCAAGUCAUCUAAGUCAUCUGGACAGAACAGAAGCUGCAACAAACGGAGGAAGUAAUAUUUCGCGACAAUCUGCUUCAAACCAAGCACGACCAUAUGGUUACGAGGAGCCUGUCGUAAACUUGCAACCUCAAAUCCAGCCGCAGUUGAGAGCGGACACCAGCACCGCGCCUGCUGCUGAUAUGAUGUCAACUGGCCCGUCUGGGGCGGGCCCCUCGAGUUCUGCUGUUUCUGCUAUGGCCGUUCAGGAUCUUAUAGAUCAUGAUCCUGACGAUGUCACUGGACCUGAUGGACGCAAAGCUAAGCGGGAAUUAUCCCAGUCUAAACGCGCAGCACAAAACAGAGCCGCUCAACGAGCUUUCAGGCAGAGAAAAGAGCACUAUAUCAAAAAGUUAGAACAGCAAGUCCGCGACUACAACGAUAUGGAUCAGCAGUUGAAAGCAGCACAGAGCGACAACUUUGCUUUACGCGAUUACGCCAUAUUACUUCAAUCGCGCCUAAUGGAUGCCCAGGUCGAGGUUCCACAACCACCUCAUCUACAUACGCCUGUGCCUUAUCCUCCUCCCCCGCCAAGGGCUGCUCCGGUUGCUGCCAGUCGAGCUGCUGAACCUCCAACUGGUAUUCCGUCCGCAGGAACUCUUGCUGAUGUUGCUGCUGCCGUUGCUGGUUACCAAGCGCAUGGUGCGGUUGACGGGUAUUCGAAAUUUAAAGCGGAAAACGACCACAGUCGCCGUGAAGAGGAUGCCCGUAAAAUACAUGAGCCUUUACCGCCAUCGUCAUCAUUGAGAACAUAG